AUGGCCGCCGUUAACCGGGGUGCCGGGACAGCUCCGGCGGCUCCGCGGCCACACGUGCCCGUACGAAUUGUGAGAUCGGCGGGACCAGAGCCGCACCUGUCCGUACGACGGCACGGCCCGACCGCCGGCCCGGCCUGGCACGGCCCGGCCCGGCACAGCACGGCACAGCACCGCCCGCUAGGUGGCGCUCAAAGCCUGCUGCAGGGCGCGGGGCGGGGAUCGGGAUCACGAACCGGAUCGGGAUCGGGGAAAGGCGGGGAUCGGGACGCGCCCGGGGCGGGGCUCGGGGGUCUCCUUGCCGGUCCCCGCGCCCCGGACACGGCCCUGCCGCGCCUCAGCCCCGCCGGGACCGGACGGACCCGGACGGGACACGGAAAGCGCCCACGGCUGCGGAGCCGUUUGCCCGGAACCAUCCCCGGACAGCGGUGCUUAGCGCGUUACACACCGAACCCUUCCCUGACCCCGCGCCGGGAGGCGGGAGCGGCACUGGUGCCACUGGUGCCCCACUGGUGCCUCACGGGUGCCACUGGUGCCGCUGGUGCCCCGCUGGUGCCACCCGGCCCCGUCCCGGCCGCAUCCCCGGGCCGAGCGCAGCCCCGCGGGCGCUCGGCCCCGCACCUGCCCGCUCCGCCCGAGCCCCGGGGCACCGGGGAGCAGGAACCGGCUGCGGUUCCUCGCCGGACUCUCUCUGGCAUGGGAAAGUGUCAGUGGGUGGCAGAGCUGGAGCAGCCGCUCCCACGGCUCCCGUCCCAAGGCGAGAUGCAGAGGUGGGGAGCGCCCGUUCCCUGUUCCCGGUUCCCGCGUGUGCCCGGACAGUUGCACCAUCCCGUGCAAAGCAAAUAUGCCAAGACAAACGUUCGGGCCCCCGUGGGCGCUGGCAGCGCUGCCUCGGCCGGGCUGCGGCUGCUGGCGGCCGCCAGAGGAAGCCGGGCAGUGCCCCGCUCCUGCCCUGCACUGGGCAAAGCGGCCCCGGGCACGGCCCUCUGGAACCUCUGCUUGCCGGUGGGGUUCGCCAAAGCCAGCCCGGCACCAGAAGAACUUGGAGAAAUCUUCCCUGCCUUGAUUUCCCCUGGGGUGAAACGAGACCCAGAGCGCUCCGUGCCCAGCCCCGGGCACUGCCAGCCCCGGGCACUGCCUCGCUCUGCGGUGCCCGAGCGGGGCCCGGCCGGGCACGGGGCAGCAGCAGCAGCAGUGGCAGUGCCCGGCACGCGCUGUCCCCGUGUCCCCGUGUCCCCGUGUCCCCGUGUCCCUGGGGCUCAGCGCUGCCCGCUGCCCCCUGGCCAGCCCCAGCCCCAGUCCCGCACCUGCGGGCCCGCAGCCGCCCCUGCCUCCCUCCCUCUGUCCGUCCGUGCCCGGUUUGUUGUGGGCGGCCCGGCGGGCACGGCUCCCGCCCCGGGAGCCUCCUCCGGGGCCGGCACCGGCAGCGCCGAGCGUGCGGAGUGGCAGGCGGCCAGGCGGUGA